AUGUCAGGAAUAGACAAUCUGCAGAUAAAUGUCACCCCAACCCCGGAGUCAUUUCCUCACCAGAAGUUGUUACCAAUUUCACCAACAUGGCCUUUCUCAGAAGUCAAGUUUUCCUCAGCACUGGACAGGACCAAGGAUGUGCCGGGACUGACCCCUGACAACACAAGCUUGCUCCAGUUCGCCCAAACACCUCCGCCCAAGACACACCGCAGAACUAGGGCUCCCGAGGAUUUCUCCUCUUCCCUGUACCAAGGAAGUGGACACAGCGCCUCCCUUGAGCUUUCCAAGGAUUCUACCAAGUCCCUGGUCCAACCAAGACCUCACGGGGGAAAAGAAGCAGCCGAUGAGUCAGUGAAGUCCUCAGUGUCAUUCAAGGCAGAACCAACAGCAGCAUCAGCAGGCACGGUGUUUUUGAGGAAAUCAAGUCCACUGGUGCUGUCUGCAGCCCUGGUCGCUAAGGGCACUGGCAGCAGCCCUUCGGCUGUGGUCGCAGGAUUAGCCAAGAGCAGUUUGUCCACCACUCUAGCAAAAAAUAUCACAAGCAAGGCGGCAUCUGGCUCGAAGGUGACACCAGGGGCCAUCCAUACUGCCUUCCCAUUCACGCCAACCUCCAUGUUUGCAAGGACAGCACACACCAUGAGCACGCACACAGCCCUGCAAGGAAACAUGGGCAGUGCCUCUGGCCUAUUGUCCACAACACACUUCCCCAGGAAACCACAAGCCAUGCACACGGACCUUCCAAACCCCACCAACCCAGAGAUACCCAAAGUGUCCACCACACGCCCACUGACAAUCACGGCAGCGUUGACAUCCAUCACAGCUUCAGUAAAGGCGACCCGGUUGCCACCUUUGCUGGCAGAAAACACAGAUGCUGCUCUUCCUGCUGUGUCCACUGCAGUGGUCACAACUGGUAAAAUGGUGUCCAACCUGGAGUGUCAGAUGUCCAGUAAGCUCCUGGUGAAGACAGUUCUCUUUCUGACCCAGAGGAGACUGCAGAGCAGUGAAUUCUUGAAGCUCAAUGUGGCUAAAGGGCUCACACAGGCAUUGCGGAAGGCCUUCCACCAGAGUGAUGUCUCUGCUCACGUGGACAUUCUGGAGUAUUCUCACAAUGUCACAGUUGGUUAUUAUGCUACCAAGGGGAGGCUGGUGUACCUGCCUUCAGUAAUUGUCGAAAUGCUGGGUGUUUAUGGCAUCAGCAAUGUCACUGCAGAUCUGAAGCAACACACCCCAAACUUGCAGUCUGUGGCAGUACUUGCCUCCCCGUGGAAUCCUGAGCCUGCAGGCUACUUCCAGCUAAAAACAGUGCUGCAGUUUGUGAGUCAGUCAGACAACAUACAGUCCUGCAGGUUUGCCCAGACAAUGGAACAGAGGCUGCAGAAGGCGUUCCAGGAUGCCGAGAGGAAGGUCCUGAAUACCAAAAGCAACUUGGCAAUUCAGAUUGUGAGCACGUCCAACGCCUCUCAGACAGUCACCUUGGUGUACGUGGUGAGCAAUCAGAGCACAUUCCUCAACGGCACUGUGGCCAGCAGUCUUCUCAGCCAGCUCUCCGCUGAGCUGGUGGGAUUCUACCUCACCUACCCGCCGCUCACCAUUGCCGAACCUCUGGAAUACCCCAACCUUGAUAUAUCAGAAACAACCAGAGACUAUUGGGUGAUUACAGUGCUGCAGGGUGUGGACAACUCGCUCGUGGGCCUACACAACCAGAGCUUUGCCCGGGUCAUGGAGCAGCGCCUGGCCCAGCUCUUCAUGAUGUCUCAGCAACAAGGCCAGCGGUUUAAACGGGCCACCACCCUGGGAAGCUACACCGUGCAGAUGGUAAAGAUGCAGCGUGUGCCGGGGCCGAAGGACCCAGCGGAACUGACUUACUACACCCUGUACAACGGGAAGCCUUUGUUGGGGACUGCAGCGGCCAAGAUCCUGAGCACCAUCGACUCCCAGAGGAUGGCCUUGACCCUGCAUCAUGUUGUCCUUCUGCAAGCUGAUCCUGUUGUGAAGAACCCGCCCAACAACCUGUGGAUCAUUGCUGCGGUGCUGGCGCCCAUCGCCGUGGUCACAGUGAUCAUCAUCAUCAUCACUGCCGUGCUCUGCAGGAAGAACAAGAACGACUUCAAGCCAGACACCAUGAUGAACCUGCCUCAGAGGGCAAAGCCAGUGCAAGGCUUUGACUAUGCCAAGCAGCACCUGGGCCAGCAAGGGGCGGAUGAGGAGGUCAUCCCGGUGACUCAGGAAACGGUGGUCCUCCCACUCCCUGUUAGAGAUGCUCCAGCCUCUCAGGAAAGAGAGGCUGCUCCGGAUGGAAGCACCAUCAAGACCGCCAAGUCCACGGAAACCAGAAAGAGCAGGUCUCCCAGUGAGAAUGGCUCUGUCAUCAGCAACGAAUCAGGGAAGCCCAGCUCAGGGAGGCGCUCACCGCAGAAUGUAAUGGCACAGCAGAAAGUGACAAAGGAGGAGGCAAGGAAGAGAAAUGUGCCAGCGAGUGAUGAAGAGGAGGGAGCAGUUCUUUUUGAUAGCUCUGGCAAAGCGGCUGCGGAUCCCUUUGACUCGUCUUCUGGCUCAGUGCAGCUCAUUGCAAUAAAGCCCACUGCCCUUCCUGUGGUACACCCAGCCUCAGACAGGAGCCAGGAGUCAGCAGCCCUCAAUGGUGAGGUGAACAAAGCUCUGAAGCAGAAAUCAGACAUUGAGCACUAUCGGAACAAGCUGCGCCUCAAAGCCAAAAGGAAGGGAUAUUAUGAUUUCCCUCCAGUGGAGACGAACAAGGGUCUGACUGAAAGAAAAAAGAUGUAUGAAAAACCCCAAAAGGAAAUUGACCACAUCUUGGAUCCAGACCCAGAACUCUGUGCCCCAUUCACGGAGUCUAAAAACAGGCAACAGAUGAAGAACUCUGUCUACCGAAGCCGGCAGUCUCUGAACAGCCCGAGUCCAGGGGAAACCGAAAUGGACCUUCUGGUGACACGCGAGCGACCCCGGCGUGGAAUCCGUAACAGUGGAUAUGACACUGAGCCGGAAAUCAUCGAGGAAACGAACAUUGACAGAGUUCACGAGCCCCGGGGCUACACCAGGUCCCGGCAGGUGAAGGGCCACUCGGAGACAUCCACGCUGAGCUCCCAGCCCUCCAUCGACGAGGUCAGACAACAGAUGCACAUGCUGCUGGAAGAGGCCUUCAGCCUGGCGUCUGCAGGCCAUGCAGGCCAGAGCCGGCACCAGGAGUCCUAUGGCUCAGCACAGCACCUGCCCUACUCAGAGGUGGUGACCAGUGCUCCUGGGACCAUGACACGGCCCCGGGCAGGGGUGCAGUGGGUGCCGACCUACCGGCCAGAAAUGUACCAGUACAGUCUGCCCCGACCCGCUUACAGGUUUUCCCAGCUUCCUGAAAUGGUCAUGGGCUCUCCCCCUCCACCUGUACCCCCCCGGACUGGUCCUGUGGCUGUCGCUUCUCUCAGGCGAUCCACCUCGGACAUCGGCAGCAAGACACGGAUGGCCGAGUCCGCGGGGCCAGAGCAGGCCCAGCUGCACGACAGCGCCUCCUUCGCCCAGGUGUCCAGAGGCCCCGUGUCCGUGGCUCAGUUGGAUCAGUCGGCUUUAAAUUACUCAGGUAAUACGGUGCCGGCAGUGUUUGCCAUCCCAGCUGCCAACAGACCCGGCUUCACUGGCUACUUCAUCCCAACGCCUCCCUCGUCCUAUAGGAACCAGGCCUGGAUGUCCUAUGCAGGAGAGAACGACCUCCCGGGCCAGUGGGCCGAUUCGGUCUCUCUCCCAGGAUACAUCGAAGCUUAUCCGCGGUCACGUUAUCAGCAGAACUCACCCUCAAGGCUGCCUCGUCAGUACAGCCAGCCAUCCAACUUGCACCCCAGCUUGGAGCAAGCCCCAGUACCCUCCACAGCGGCCUCACAGCAGAGCCUAGCAGAGAAUGACCCGUCAGACACGCCCCUGACCAACAUCUCCACUGCAGCCCUUGUCAAGGCCAUCCGGGAAGAGGUGGCCAAGCUGGCCAAGAAACAAACGGACAUGUUUGAGUUCCAGGUCUAA